CUCGGCUGUAACCACCGGAAUAACGUCACUCUACUUGCGCUGGUUGUUGACGAGAAUGCAAGAAGGUAAAUAGGAUAAAGUGAAAUUAUUUCUCGUCGAACUAUAAUUUUACACAUCGCUUAACGAUAACAGAAUGCGUAACCUCUUUCUUCAGUUUGUGACAGCUUGGUACAAAUAAGGAACACUGUCCUUUGAGAUUGCCGUACUGUUGCAAGUGAAAGUUGCAGCAGUGCGAGCAUGGUGACCACAUCGGAGAGCCCCCGAGGGGCAUCAGCUUCGGGAAGCGAAGAGGGUAACACAGGCACCCAAGAUGGAAAUUUUGAAUGCAACAUCUGCCUUGACACAGCAAAAGAUGCAGUUGUGAGCCUCUGCGGCCAUUUGUUCUGCUGGCCCUGCCUGCACCAGUGGUUGGAGACUCGGCCAAACAGACAGGUGUGCCCUGUAUGCAAGGCUGGCAUUAGCAGAGACAAAGUGAUCCCUCUUUAUGGACGAGGUGGCUCUAAGCAAGACCCAAGAGACAAACUUCCUCCCCGUCCCCCUGGACAAAGAUCAGAGCCGGAGAACAAUGCUGGCUCUUUUCCCUCCUUUGGAUUUGGCGACACAGGAUUUCACAUGUCGUUUGGAAUUGGUGCUUUUCCUUUCGGUCUGUUUGCAUCUACAUUCAACUUCGGUGAUGGACGUCCACCCCCAACCGUGGGGAGCGAGGAGCACCGCCAGGAUCAGUUUGUGUCACAGGUCUUUCUCUGGGUUGCCUGCCUGUUCUUGGUCUGGCUAAUCAUGGCAUGAGGCUGGAGUGGGUUUCCCUUGCCUUGGGUGUGCAAUUGACACCCUUUUACCGGUCAGCGGCGGUGUGACAGACAAACCGAGCAUGUACCAUGUACAUCAGGAAGAGCUUUCAAAUCUCUGAAAUUUUGUGGGGCUCAUCUUUUGCCAUUUAAUGCAGCACUACUAGCAAGCUUUUAUAUUUACGUUGGGAGGGUAAUGCCUCUCCUCUUCGCUGGUGUUCUAUAAGGGAGAUGUACAGGAUAUUGACGAGAACAGGGAAGAUGGAAUGAGGAUUGCCGGGGUUUCGAUUAUGUGUGGAGCUAAAGGGUUAAUAUGUAAGCAGCUGCAUACGGGGCACAGAUGUCAAAGUUGGCAUUCCGUAGCGAGCUACGGCAGAUUACACGAAGCUUGACGUGGCUCGAGAGACAGUAAUAUAUUUUCCUUUUCGUACUGUUGUCACUUGAUUUUUUUUUUUUUUUUUUGUCAUGGUAUGUAAAUAAAACGUGGUGGUAUUUGA